AUGCCAAGUCUCUAUGACCGAACCACGAAGCUGGAAGAGACUCUAGCUCAAUUCAUGCAAGUGUCAAUGUCUAACCAAGAGAGCAUGGAGUCUGCAAUUAAGAAUCUGGAAGUUCAGGUGGGCCAGCUUGCAAAGCAGUUAGCUGAAAGACCAUCCAAUAGCUUUACAAAAAACAUGGAGAAAAAUCCUAAGGAAGAGUGUAAAGUUGUGAUGACUAGAAGCAGAACGACGAUUCAAGCUGAGGAAGGAAGAGCUGAUCAGAAGGUUGUUGAGAUUGAGAGGAAGAAGGGCAAGAGUGAGGCCAACAUAGAAAAGAAGAAAGAGGCUACUCCUAUUGAAGGCAAGGAGGUACCUUAUCCAUUGGUACCCUCCCGGAAAGAUAAAGAGCGUCAUUUGGCCAAAUUUCUUGAUAUCUUCAAGAAAUUGGAAAUUACUUUUCCUUUUGGAGAAGCACUUCAGCAAAUGCCCCUCUAUGCCAAAUUUUUGAAGGAUGUGCUAACAAAGAAGAAUCGAUACAUACAUAGUGACACAAUAGUUGUGGAAGGUAAUUGUAGUGUUGUCAUUCAACGCAUCCUUCCACCCAAGCACAAAGAUCCUGGAGUUGUCACGAUACCGUGUUCUAUCGGUGAGGUUGUUGUAGGCAAGGCUCUCAUAGAUCUGGUAGCUAGUAUCAAUUUAAUGCCUCUCUCCAUGUAUCGGCGACUUGGAGAGCUAGAAAUAAUGCCCAUAUGCAUGACCCUCCAGUUAGCUGACCGCUCCAUCAUAAGGAUUGAAGAUGUUUUGGGUGAAGGUUAA